AUGAAACGUGGCAGUAAGGCGGGCUCGUCCAACGAGCCCUUCCAGGACCAAGGGGAGGAUGAGGAGGACGAGGAGGCACCAUUGUUAAGUCAGGAUAAGCCACAGAAGACAGGCUCAACUUCGUGGAGCGCUUCUGUUCGUAAUGGAUUCGGCCUUGGACCAUACCUUCAGAAGUUGGAGUCCAACUUUGGCUACGAAUUGCUGGUGAUGCUUUUCGUGUCCCAGCACUUGAUGAAGGGCUUUGUGAAUGAGUUCACCAAUCCCUGCAUCAACUUCCUCUACGGUGCUUACCGAGUGGCAGGGCCACAGAUGCAAGUCUACCGCGGGGUGACGCACCUCCCCUGGGCAAUGAAGCCUAUGAUUGGCUUGCUCAGUGACACAAUGCCCAUCUUCGGCUACAACAAAGCACCCUACAUCCUCCUGGUGGCCAUUCUUGGGUCUGCAGCGACGGCCUGCAUCGGUUCCGUGCCACAAAGCCAGCUGACAAUCACAAGCCUGGUGUUUUGCCUGUUUCUGAUCCAGCUCCAGCUCUCCACCACAGACUUGCUGACAGAGGCGAAGUACGCGGAGAAAAUGCAGACAAAGCCCAAAGAAGGACCUGCGCUGAUGUCCUUCGUGUGGUUUGGUCUGCAAUGCGGAGGGCUUGUAGCCAUGCUUAUGGUCGGCCCCAUUAUGUCGCACUUUGGACCGAAGCUCCCAUUUCUGGUUGUCUUGGUCCCUUCGAGCAUUAUCGUAGUGCCGCUGAUGAAGGGCUACCUCCAGGAACGACGGCUUACAGUGGAGGACAUCCGUGCCACCCGUGCAGCCAUCUUUCAGCAGAGGGAGGCCUGCGCCCUGUGCAUCCUCAUGAUGGGUUCAACCCUGGCCCUGACGGUUGUUGGCACAACUAUGCAGAACGUCAAAAUCAAUGCCAUUGCCUCGGUCGUGGUUGCUGUGAUCAUCAUCUCUGCGUUCAGCAUCCUGCUGAGACCAGAGAUUGCAAAGGUGAAUGCUUUUUUCUGCCUACAGACAGCGGUGAACUUUUCAGUGGGUGGUGCGUCCUUCUACUUCUAUACUGACACGCCUGAGCAGUACCCAGAGGGGCCCCAUUUCUCCAAAGUAUUCUACACUACCGUCCUUGGAGUGACAGGCUCGGUCUUCUCCUUGCUUGGAAUCUACACCUACCAGAGGUAUGCCAGCGACUGGAGCUUCCGCCACCUUCUCCUCAUUAGCAAUCUGGCCUUGUGCUUCCUAAGCAUCACAGAUGUUGUAUUCUUUCUGCGCCUGAACGUGCGGUUUGGCAUCCCAGAUCACGCCUUCAUCCUGGGCAGCAGCGUCUUCGCGACCAUUCUCAGCCAGUGGCAGUGGAUGCCGGGCGUCGUCAUCCUUUCCCAACUUUGUCCUCCGGGCCUGGAGGCUACAAUGUACGCCCUUCUGGCGGGUUGCCACAACCUGGGAGGCACCAUCGCCUCUUCCACCGGCGCAUUCAUGUUGGAAGUCCUGGAGGUGCAACCAUCCGGUGCAAACAUGGAGUCAGCUCAAUUCAAGAACCUUUGGGUUGCCUCCGCUAUCUCCUCGGUGCUCCCUGCAGUGGUGCUUCUGCUCCUUCCCUGGCUCAUUCCGGACCGGAAGCAGACGGAGAAGCUGUUGCAGGAGGGCGAUGUGAGCGUCACGCAGGGCUCCAUCUGGCGACGCAUCACUGGCCAAGAAGGAUGA